AUGUCCCAACCCAACCCUCACGCAGACCCAAAGUUGAGAGUCAUAACCACUCAAGCCCCCCGCCGCUCUUUUCCUCUCGCCUACUCGCCGAACUCUUUUUUCACCGGGGAUCUCUUCGACCGUCUUGCUCUCUUCCUCCACAAACAUAACACAGCCUUCACAUCAAUCGAUUGUGUUGCUAGAGGCAUUGACAAAGCCACCGCUCUUGCUGAUGGCCCCACGAUUUGCAUCUGUGUGAUUCAAGAUCGAGUUGAGACUGGAAAGAGUGAUCGGAAUGGAAAAACGAUACAGCUCGAAGAAGACGUAAAUGGAGAGAGUUGUGGGGAUAUAAAAACGAACGUUGAAAGGGAAGAGGGCAGUUAUGAAGAAACUGAGGUGCGGCGAGAAGUACCUACCCUAGUUCCUCCAGGUGAAUCUGUUGAGGAGAAGGGGGUGGGUAAACUGGAAGGAAGUAUGGAUGAUGAUGAAGUGGUCGACAGGGAGAAGGGAGUUGAGGAUACAAGAAAGAAAGAAAGCGGCGAACUGGAAAAAACAGAAAAAGAGGACUCCAUUGAGGGAGGUGCUGAACAGAAACAACGCAGAGAUCAUUAUCAGACCGAGGAUGUACUAAACUUCGAAAAAAUAGAUGAAGGAAAUACCUCGUCUGACCAGAAGAGUGAACCCAUAAACUCAUGGGGCAGAAAUAUGGAUAAAGAUCAAGAUGAAAGGCAAGAAAAGAAGACCGGAACGAAUGGCAGUGAUGACCACAACACCCAGAGCACAGCCGAACUGCACCUCGAAACCAAGACGGGUAAGAGGGAUACAAGACAGCACGAAGUUUCCCGGCCACAAAGGAUAGAACAAAAAACUAACACAUACACCUCUGGGAUUGCUAGGCUCUUCUGUAAAUCAGACGUUGCUCUUACCAUCCCUCCUGAGAUAUUGACCGUCGAGUUCGUUAGUGUAAUCCUUCAUGAGGACGGUAGAGUUGAAACAUGA